AUGGGGGUGAAAUUGUACAUAGAAAUUAAGAAACAUGAGGUGGGAUUCGGUAUGUAUCCUCUAUGCAUUGAUACCUCUGAUAAAAGUGAUGAAGAGAUACAAAAUUUUGAUGCAACAACAGGUGCAAUCGUGUGUGUUGAGGGUGGAAAAAGCGACGCAAAGGCUCUAACCAUUGUUGAAUCAAAAAUUGGUGAUUCAUACUACAUACCAGAAAUGGAGGUGAAAAAUUAUAUAUCAGAUACAAAUAUUUCUGUUGUUGAAGUGAAACAAAUGUACAAGGAUAAGGCAACUCUAAAGGCUCUACGUAUUAGUCUGAAUUCAGAUGAUUGUUGUUGGAAAUUGAAGGCCUCUGUUAGGAAAAAUUCAGACAUAUUUAAAGUUAGAUACUUUAAUAGUGGACAUAGAUGUCCAUUGAGGGAUAGGGUAUUAAGUAAGGUACAAGCUACUAUUGGGUUUGUUAGUGGUGUGACAGCUCCAAUAUUGGGGAAUCAUAAAAGGAAACAUACUCCCAACGAUAUAAUUACUGAUAUUAGGGCACUAUAUGGAGUUGAAAUUUCUUACCAGCAAGCAUGGAGGUCUAAAGAGCGAGCAUUGGAAAUGAUCAGGGGAAAGUCUGCUGAUGGAUAUAAACAGCUGCCAAGAUACAUAUAUAUGUUGGAAACUGUGUAUCCAAAUUCAUAUAUAAGGAUGCACAAGUCAGAAAAAAAUGAGUUUAUGUAUCUAUUCAUAUCAUUAAGGCCAAUGAUGAGAGGGUUUGAAUUCUGUAGGCCUGUUGUUGUUGUUGAUGCUUCACAUCUUAGCGGAGCUUACCGAGGGACAUUUGUAUCGGCAAGUACACUCGAUGGGGCAGGUAUAUUAGGUUGUUUAUGA